AAUUUCUGGUUGUUUGGUUAUUAAAUAUUCUUAAUAUAAUUUCACAUUAACACUAACUUGAGUAGACUAUUACCCGAGGCGAGAAUGAGUUUUAGGUAGAACCAUCUUCAUCUUCUUAAACCGAAAACAGUUAGAUUUUCUGAGCUACUCUACAUCCCAAAAUCUCAAAUCCCCUCAAUUCUUGAAAAGGUUAAAUUUUAAAGAAAAAAUGUACUCGGAAAAGGGUCAAGAACAAGAGGAAUCCGCCAUAGAUUUCUACAACAGCAAAGAAAGCUCACCCAACGAAAACAACAUGAUCAUCCAAAUCAGCGACACCACCAGCGGCGGAGACGAUCCCUCCACCGCGGCGAACCAGAGUUCAUCCAACCCACCACCGCCUUCACCUGCUCCCAAGAAACGGGCCGAGACAUGGGCUCAAGAGGAAACCAGGGUCCUCGUAUCUCUCCGCAGAGAAAUCGAUUUUCUGUUCAACACGUCCAAGUCCAACAAGCAUUUGUGGGACAGCAUAUCCAUGAAAAUGAGGGGAAAGGGCUUCGAUCGAUCGCCAACUAUGUGUACGGACAAGUGGCGUAAUCUGUUGAAAGAGUACAAAAAAUCCAAGCAGAAUAAUCCAGAUACGAAUGGGAAUAGUAAGAUGAACUUUUACAAGGAAAUCGAGGAGAUUAUGAGGGAGAGGAACAAAAAUGGUAACUGCUGGAAGAAUUCUGCAGCUUCAAAUGAUGCCGCUGCUGCUGCUUCUAAAGUUGACUCGUUUAUGCAAUUUGCUGAUAAAGGUAUUGAUGAUGCUAGUCUAACUUUUGGACCUGUGGAAGGUAAUGGCAGAUCAGCACUCAAUUUAGAAAGGCGUCUGGAUCAUGAGGCACAUCCUCUUGCCAUCACGGCAGCUGAUACCGUUGGAGCAAGUGGAGCUUCUCCAUGGAAUUGGAGAGAGACUCCUGGAAACGGCGAGCACAGAAACACUUACGAUGGGAGGGUAAUAACAGUAAAAUUGGGAGACUAUACAAAGAGGAUAGGAAUUGAUGGCAGUGGAGAUGCUAUCAAGGAAGCCAUCAAAUCUGCUUUCCGGUUGAGGACAAAACGUGCAUUCUGGUUGGAAGACGAAGAUAGUGUUGUUCGAUCACUGGACAGAGAUAUGCCUCUCGGGAACUACACUCUUCAUGUUGAUGAAGGUACUGCACAAAACGCCACAUUAAUUACUUAUAAGGCCUGACGAUUAAGGUUUGUUUGUUCGACGGGCCAGAGCAUUUGGCAGUGCAUUCAGAGGAGAAAACCUUUUAUACGGAGGGUGAUUUUCACCAGUUCCUCUCACGACGCUGCUGGACUUGUUUGAGAGAGUACGAUGGCUACCGGAAUAUUGACAGCCUGGACGAGCUAUGCCCAGGAGCUCUAUAUCGUGGUGUCAAUUGAGGAGGACUUUCUAGUUUCAAACUUCGUAUGUAGAUAAAAAAAAAAAAAAAAUUGUUGAAUGCUUAGUUAGAUUCUUGUGACAAAUUGCUAUCACUAAAUUCUCCAGCAUUGCUAGUUUCUUUUUUGUCCCUUUUUUAGCUGUAACAGAGGAAACUUUUCCAAUUUACAAAUUGUGAAACAAGCCCUCUAGACUCUAGAGUUGCAUCA